UUCCCCAGGGCCCGCCCCAUGGGUGGGGUCUGCGUCUCCCCUCCCUCCUUGUUCCUGAGACUCUGAGAGCUGGGAAACUAGAGCCGUUUCCUGCCCGGCUGCCUCCCCUGUCCCUGGGCCGUCCACGUGUCCGGGGCUCCCCCAAACAGUCGCUCCUGGAGCCGCCCGGUGCCCGGGGGACACCCGCCAUCCGAACCCGCUGACUGCGUGCCCGGGGGACACCCGCCACCUGGACCCGGCCUCCCCGCCUGACUGCGCCCGCCCGCCCGGGGCCAUGGGCCUGGUGGCGCUGCUCAAAGCGCACUUCCUGUGCCAGCUGGCCUUCUGCUACGUGUUCGUGGCCUCGGGCCUGAUCGUCAACGCCCUGCAGGUGCUCACGCUGCCGCUCUGGCCCCUCAGCCGGAGGCUCUUCCGCAAGAUCAACUGCCGGCUGUCCUACUGCGUGUCCAGCCAGCUGGUGAUGCUGUUGGAGUGGUGGUCUGGCACCGACUGUGUCAUUCACACGGACCCCAGUGCCUACGCCAAGUUCGGGAAGGAGAAUGCCAUCGUUGUCCUCAACCACAAGUUUGAGAUUGACUUUCUGUGCGGCUGGAGCCUUGCUGAGCGCUUCGGAGUCCUGGGGGCCUCCAAGGUUUUGGCCAAGCAGGAGCUGGCCUACGUGCCCAUUAUUGGCUGGAUGUGGCGCUUCACCGAGAUGGUCUUCUGUGCCCGGCGCUGGGAGCUGGACCGCACGGCUGUGGCCCGGAGCCUGGAGCGGCUGCGAGACUACCCCGACAAGUACUUUUUCCUGAUCCACUGCGAGGGCACGCGCUUCACGGAGAAGAAGCACCGAGUGAGCAUGGAGGUGGCUGCCGCCAAGGGGCUGCCCCCCCUCAAGCACCACCUGCUGCCCCGCACCAAGGGCUUCACCAUCACCGUGAAGAGCCUGCGGGAUGUGGUCUCCGCUGUGUAUGACUGUACACUCAAUUUCAGAGACCAUGAGACCCCGACUCUGCUGGGCGUCCUCCAGGGGAGGAAGUACCACGCGGACCUGCACGUGCGACGCAUCCCCCUGGAGCAGGUCCCGGAGGAUGAGGAGCAGUGCUCUGCCUGGCUGCACAGGCUGUACCAGCAGAAGGACGCCCUCCAGGAGCAGUACUUGCGCCACGGCCGCUUCCCGGGCUCCCCCAUGUGCCCACCCCGCCGGCCGUGGGCGCUGCUGACCUGGGGGUGCUGGGCCGUCCUGCUGCUCGGGCCCCUGCUCCGUCUGCUGGUCACCUCGCUGAGUGCUGGAGCCCUGCUCCCGCUGGCCGGCCUGGGGCUGCUGCUGACGGCGGCCCCCCUGGCCGUGCGAAGGAUGAUCGGGGUCACCGAGAUCGACAAGGGCUCAGCCUACGGUGAUGCCGGCCGCUCCGCCCCACACCUCCACUGACCUGGACCCGUGCCCCUCUGCCAGGGGACACCAAGGGACCCACCAGCCAUGGGGACACGCCAGAGGACCUAGGGACCCUAUACCGCAGAACUGGGGGCCCGCAGGGGAUGCCACUAGGGGACCUGGGGACCCGCCGGAGGGCCGUCUUAGGACGGGGGCCGCCAGCCGUGGGCACCCGCCACCAUGGGGACCCGGCGAAGGCCGCUGUCACCCUGCACAGCCCUGUUCCUGAGGGGACCCUGGUCUCUGUGGCCCCCUGCCCAUAUGCCUGUGGGCGUGUGGGCACGUUCCAUGUGUGAGUGAGCAUGUGGCCUGUUCUGUGUAUGUUCCACAUGGGAGUGUGUUCAGUGUGAGCGUGUCCCGUGUGUUCCACGAGCGUGUUGGGACAGGUUCUGUGUGGUAUUCCAUGUGUGGUGCUUGUGGUGAAUGGGGCGGGUGAGAGGCAGGCUGAGCAGAGCUGCUCCCUCCUGAGCUGUUUCCGGAAGUGUGGAGGCUGAGGAGGCCCCUAGACCCCGUCCACCCACUCACCCUUCCACCCCCCACACCCAGUCUCCUCAGGACAUUAAAGCCUUUCUCCACACGCA